AUGUGUGUCAUCAUUCAUUACCUUUGUCAGAACUGCAAGAAGGAGACGGGCCAGCGUGACUACGUGAGCCACACCGAUGGUCAACGUUUCACCAUUCCGGACCCCAAGAUGAAGGUGGUCUCGUUCUGUCCCGACGUCCGACCAUACCGUGCCGUUAUCCAUGAUCCCUUGGUCCAGUCCCCUGGCUUUCGCUGCAUGAACCACCUCUGCUCAGACGUCAAAAUCAUUUUCAACGCCAAAAAGUGCCAGAACCAGAACGCUAAAAUUCUUGCGAAGCUGCGCGACACCGAGUACAGUGUCACAGUUGAGGGAAACAGCUGUACAGAUGUCAAGAAGAAGCUGGAGCGCGAGGGCUUGAAGAAGGUGGACAUUCAGAAGCUUCCUGGAGCCAGGCUUCAGAAGUGGAAUCUCUACACCGAGGACAAGCUGAAGGAAAUGACGGCGAAGGGUGACAGCUACGAAGACAUAAAGACUGCGCUUAAGGCUAUCACUGGCCUCAACUACAUCACCUACGAGAUCAUCGCCAAGGCUGCCUCAUUGAAGCUUUACGAAUCCCUGUUCCCACCUGAGCCAGCUAGGCGUGGAAAGACACGUGCAAUCAAAUCGACGUGA